AUGGCGGUCGAUACCGUAAAAAUCGAGGCUGACGCAUAUAUGGUUUGUUUGACUCACGCGUUGUCCACUGAAAGAGAAGAAGUGAUGGGAUUAUUAAUAGGAGAGGUACAGUAUUUGUUUACACGUUUCAUAUGGAAAAUAUUUAGGGGAUCUUGAAGGUAAAACCUGUGUACCAUUUUUGCCAUUGGCACUUUUGAUAAAAAAUGCUGAUCAGAUCCGAUCGGCUUUCAGACUAGUAAAACCCUCACGACACAUAAACUAAUGAUCGGCAUAUCAGCUGUCAUGCAACGGACUAAUAUAAUAAAUUAAACUUUAUAUAAUAAUGCAUAUUUAGCCGUGUUCGGGAGAAAAUUUAUUACUCAUCUUUAUUUGACAGAUUCAUUUGAUUGGUUUGACGGUAUCCGGUCACUUCGUGCCAUGGUAAGAUCGUUCCAAGCCAGUUUGUUCCACCUAAUAGUCACGUUGUUCCAUAGUAUAGUCAGAACUUUUCACGAGUCUUUAAGCUACAAGCAGAAACAAGGGUGCUACUCAUGUGUGUACCUCGUUCUUUGAGCCACAAGCCCCAAAGAGCGCAUUUCACAACGAGUUUUACUCUAAAACUGUGUAAUGAUCUGACCAUAAAAUGGAACGAUCAGACUUGGAAUGAUCUGACAAUGAAAUGAAGUGAUCGUAAAAUGGUUUGACGUAUCUUAAGUUGGACUUCUGACCCAGCAGAUGAUCUUAACUUGAUUUAUGUAGACCCAAAUUAGAGUUUGGUUCAUCUCAUGAAAAGUUUCAUGUUUGGCCUUGAAACUGAUAUCCUUUCAAAACUUUCGGGGUAAGCAUCCCCCAGACCCCCAUUCAACUCGUGUAGUUGAAAAAUGCUUGGUUGAUACAGAACUGACUUUCUUACAAGCUUUAUAUCCCAGUUUAUUGUUAUUUAUUCUUUCUCUUUUCCACACCAUAUAGUUUUUUCUUCAGAUGAUAUAUCAAUGAUUUUUUUAAAAAGGCUUGAUGAAAGCAUGGUUGAGGCUCAAUAGAGGCACCAUGAAGGCACUAUCUAUGUACAGUUGAUGGAAUUCAGGCUGGAUGCACAUUAAUCAGCUCCUUAAAGUGUGUGCCAGAUUCUCGUGCGAGCAAGAUAUACAAUAACAAAAUUUGAUCAAUUUUGUUGUGACUGUGAUCAUCAACACUGUUCACUUAGCCUAGUUACAUAGAAUGAUCUAUAAUUAUAGAUUGCUCUACAUGUAUGUAAUUUUGAUUCAUUUUGGAAUAAAGGCACAUUCACAACCUGGCCUCAGCGUAAAAACCUAUUUAAAUUGUAAGGAAAUGACAAGGAAAUGAAGUGACGGUAGCAAGUGCCCGCAUUUCUUGUGCAUUGUUUUAAAGGUGAUGUUACAUGAAAUGAUUUGCAACAAUGGCUUUAAGCACAACACAGCUUUGGAAUGUUGGAACAACAUUGCAACCAUUUGAUUCAAUGUUGCAACAAUGUUGUAGCGCUCUGUUGUGCUGAAAAUCGUCAUUGCGAAUCAUCCCGUGCAACAUCAUCUUAAAUGAGCCAUACUUGUUUAAUUUCAGAUUGAAGAGGAGAAAGUAGCUCAUAUUUAUUCAGUCAUUAUGCUUCAAAGACUGGACAAAAGAAAGGACAGAGUGGAAAUUUCACCUGAGCAGCUGUCAGACGCCUCCACCCAGGCAGAGGUAAAAGCAUCUGAAUAGAGAAUGAAUUACAGUUUAUAGAGUCUUGUAUUUACCUUGUGAUUAUAUCAUGAUAACCUCAAAUACAUGUAUCAUCACAGUCAACUGGCAUUAUUGUUAAUAUCCUAGGAUGUUGAGUUAGUGUCUUACAGGAGUUUGUUCCAGUCAAACAUUUUAUAAUGUUUGUGGGGGACUCAGCUACUGUCUAUAUUAGCAGAGUGUCCAUAAUAGCUGCUGUAGCUUGUGUGGCAGGAGUCUAAAGGGAAGGGAGAGGGAGCAAAAGAAAGGCUCCCUUCCCCUCUCAAACUUUCCCUCCUUCCUCCCCCCUCCCCCUCUUGUGCCAGCCACCCACACUAAUGGUGAAGGACCACCCAGAUUUAUGGUAGGGACUAGAGGGGAGAGAGAGAAAAGGAAAGAGCCAAGAAUAAGGGUAGAAAGAAAGGCUCAGACCCUUCCCCUCUCACAAUUUUCUCCCCCUCCCCCUUCCUCUCCUCCCCCAUUCUUGUACCAGCCACUCAUGCUAAUGGCAAGGAACCACCCAAAUUUAUGGCAGGGGCUGAAUGGGCGGGAGAGGGAGAGAAAGGCAAAGAGGAGAAAAAGGAUAGAAAUAGAUGGUCCCUUCCCCUCUCAUACCUCUUAUGGGUAGAAGGGCCUGUAACUUGUUGGCUUAUACAUGAAAGUGAGAGGGGCUUGUAAACAGAGGUUAACAGUAUGCACGUACAGAAUAGAUUAGGUAUUCAGUGUAGUUCAUGUUCUGGCAUCUUCUCACCAGAGACUGGGUAUGUUGACAUCAAAACAACAACCAAUGAGAGUCAUUGGCUGGUACCAUUCUCACCCUCAUAUCACUGUCUGGCCUUCACAUGUUGGUAAGUUAACUAUGUCGGAUCAUUAUACAUUUCUGGGAAACUGCCCAACUACCCCUCCCCUAAGCCAACAUUAACACUUACUUCUCACUUAGGGCAAAAUGGCGGCUUAGGGGAGGGGUAGGUGGGCAUUUGUAACCCAGAAACAUAUAAUGAUCCGCUAUUUCUAGGAAUUCAAAGUCUCAAUCAUGAUCUUGUUUAUCAUUAUCUUUGUCACCUAUAGUUCUAUUUUUCAUCUUUGCCCUCUUCACAUUUAUGCCCAUCAUCAUCAUUAUCAUUUUCCUCAUCAGCUUUAACCCAUUAAGCCCCAGUAUCCACAUACAAAUUCCCCAAACUGAUCUUCAUACAUUUUCCUAAAGAAUUAGUUGAGAGAAUUUGAUAAUAGAUCAAGGCAUUUUCUCUUGGGUGAUCAUUUUAUUAAUUCACAUAUCUUAUCUCUUGACAGUGUAUGGAUAGUGUUAGGAGAAAAUUGAUCUUGGUAACCAUUGGGACUUAAAGGGUUAAGUCUGGUUACAUGUAUAUGGUCGUGAGAGGAACACUUUAAAAUUUUCUAUUUAUACUGAAAAUUCAUCUUUUGUUGUCAUCAUUGUUUUCACCAUAAUCCUCAUUAAUACCCUUAUCAUGCUCAACAUACAGGUAUCUUUGCCUUGUUUCGUGGAUUUGUUAGAAAUGUCAUGAAAUGUGGAUUUUUCAAAGAGUAAACAAAAGAAAUAACUUUCAUCUAACCAGUGUGUUUUCUUUGUUGUGUUAAGAUCUGCGCACUCAAGCAAUGUAUCAAGUUAUGGAUGCAAGAUUUGUUGGCCUUAUCUUUUCUUGUUUCAAUACUGAUCCCAAUUUGGUAAGUUAACUUGACAUUGUGUGUCUUAAUCAUUUCAGCCCAAGAGACGUAGAGGACAUUGUAUGGCUGCAUGGUAGCCUGCAUAGCAAGCGCUUGGAACUAAGGGCGCUCAAGGGAGACAUAUGUGUCUCUCUUGCAUGCUGCAUUUUUUCUUGUGCCCAUUACUUCCAAGUGCCCACUAUGCAGGCUAACUGCAUGGUGUGACCUUGUAUGACAAACAUUUUCCAAUAUGAGAAGAGAAGUUUCAUUUCUCAAGUGGCCUUGUAAUGUUCUGUUUAUUAUAUAAACACCAACAAAAUACCAAACCAUUGCACUUUUUUGCUGUGAAAGGUGAGAUUUGUAAGGUAACAAUAGCAGCAGUGACCAUUUUAUGUGUGAAGAUACUAUGUUAUUGUCACGUGUGAAAAUACCAUAUUUUUGCACGGUAAACCCAAAUGACACCAUUAUAUUAUUUUAUUAUUUAUUUUGAACUUUUUUAUUAGUCUUAAUUUAGGGCUCCUGUUGAUAACAGAUAUACUUUUAAGUAUUCUGAAGGGAUUACCCUAGUUAAAUAAAGGUUUUCUACUACUAUGUAAUAAAGACAGACAUAUUUUAUUUGUCUCUCUUUCCCAAGUAUCUCACAAGUGCCCACCAUUUUUUCUGUUUGAAAUGCCCUCCAAAUGAGCAGGUUGUUCUUGGACAUACCUGAAGAAAAUUCUGGACCAAUCUCUGUUGUAUUUUGAUAAAUUCAGUUUGUGUGCAUUUCCAAGUAGGCUCAAGAAAAGAACAUUAGAAUGAACAUGAACAGCAUUGUCUGUUUUUACAAGCACCAAUAACGCUAAAUAAGUAAAAACUUAUAAUUAUAAACUAAGACAGGGUAAGCAACGCCAGCCCUUAAUUUUGUUUUCCAGGGUGGUCAUCUGAAGGUGUACUGUUUUCAGUCUCUAAACACAAGGCCCGAUGGGGGAACAACACAGUAAGUUCUUAGUCCAGAUAAAGUGGGUGAAAGCAGUCAUGGUGACCAUGUCAUCAGUGUGGCUAUUUACGAGCCCUAAAUAGUAGUACUUAACGUGGCCAUUGCACCGGGCAAAGGUGGUUUCACCAGCUUAAAAGAUCUUAAGUGCUUAAAAUUUAGUUAGUACAUUUAGUUAGGUGCAAAGGUGGUAACUUUGAAAUACAGUGUAAGGAGGAAUUCUGUCAUGAUUCUGAGGAUCUCUUGCAAGGAGAUACUCUUUUGUGGCAAAGUUUCCCUAGCACUGUUAGGUUUUAUGACAAUGAUUCUUCUUGAUCAUCUCAGAUAUCAGAGAGUAGAAAUUGAACUUCAAGUCGUUCACACCGAGGUUUUGUCAAAAGCAACUUUAAACAGUUUGUCAGAGCUGCCCCAAAUACUCUCGAAGGUAAGAUGCUCUUUAAUCCACUCAUAACUCAAUCCUCUCUAAUUUCUCUUUGUGGCAUUAAACAUAAUUUAUUGUUACAUGUACCAUGUGUUUUGCAAAUGGUCUUGUAGGAGUGCCCCAACCCCCACAACACCCUCGCCCCACCCCGGGUACGUAUUUAGGCAUUUACGGUAUUUUUUUAUUUAUUUCGAAUCAAAUAGCGUGACCUGAGCAUCUGGAGCCGCAGGCAAAGUUAUUAGAGAGCUUUAGAUUGGAGAACGAGGACAACCUACGAAUACGAGAUUUAACUUAAAGUUUUUUUGCGUAUUCUCGAAAAAUAUUCAACCCGGAAAGCUUCAUUGUACUAUUUUCAACUGAAAAAUUAGUGCGGUUAUUUUUAUUGGAGAAAGCUUAGCCCUUUCAAGGUCGCAAAAUGAUUAAACUUCUAAAAUUUUAUAACAUGGUCCCGCCACUAUGAGCUUCUAGCUAAAACGCGUAGUAGAAUGACGACGGCUAUCACGUUUUCCCGCCAAAAUGACGUUAGCUCAGGCAAGAGCACUACUCAGUAUUGAGAAAAUCUCGUACUCGUAGUCGUCCUCGUCUCAGAAUCUAAAGCUCUCUUAUUUUAAGUGCUAAAUCAAUUCACUUCUGUUUUUAGGAAGAAGAGGAGGCGUACAGAAAAACAUUGGAGUAAGUUUGAACAGUUAGUUUCCAGUUGAUAAACAGGGGGCUGUUAAACAAGACACCAUGUUUUCGUGGUGGAGAAGGGGUCUACAUAAAGACAUUACCAUUCUUCCCGUGGAGUGGUGGGGUCCUGCCUGUUCACUUUUUUUUUACCACUUCCAUUAGUACUAUACUUGGGGGUAACCCCCAGGGAUGAGCAAGUGAGCAAUAACGCGCGGUUGCUAAAAAGAUAAAAUGGACGAGAGCCGAGUUUCCACGCUGACCCGUGUAAUCACUCAUUUGAACAGCGAAUAGUCACAUAUGCAGUCUACGUCACUACUGAAAUGGAGGCAGUUUAAGCAGAAACUCAGUCAUAUGGUUUAAGUAUAGCCAAGCAAACAUUUUUUUUCGUUUUAUUCGUGAUACAACUGUAUAACAAAAUUUCUCACAAACUUGACAACUUUUGGAAGAUUGUUUGUCCAUUUGUGAAGUGGUCGACGAAGCGUCUCCGUCUUCUCUUAAGAUGACUCGAAAUCAACAAAUCCUACAACGUGAAGACCUGUCUUCCGCCGUAGUCGCUAUUACGUGAGUAUAAAAUGCGACUCUUCUCCUAUAUUUUACAAUCGCUGAUUUUAAAACCUAUCAUAGAUUGUUUGUAUCUUUAUCAAGAAAGUAUUUGACGCUUCUGGUUUUCCAGUAAUUACGUCUUCCCUGCGUUUUACUAACAGCGAAAGCAAAUGAGCGAGAAACCCCGUAGUCACUGUUUGGGUACCGCUUGAGCUGAAAGUUGGUAGGCUACGUUGGCGUACUCUCCCCAGGACUCCGCGUCUUUGACUGUCGUAGUCGAGGUCGCCGUAGUGAUUUGCUUGAAGUGUCUAUUAAAGCAGUAACUACCUGCUUUUGCAAAAAGUGACUUCGCGUUCUUUGAAACUUCUGCGCGAUUAUCCAAACUCGCUUACUUUGUCCUUUUGUUGAAUUCUGAACAAAAAUAUCCAUGUUUAAAAAGAGAAAGGGAAAUUCGUCUUCAUAGGCAAUUCACGUCGUAGUCAUACAGUGAAAUUUAAACAAAAAGAGCGUGAUGCACGUGCAAAGUUGUUGUUUUGCCAAUCUUUACCAGUUGCCAGUUUUGACGUUUUAGUAGACUUGCUCACAAGUCGAGCUUUUGAGCGCGUAGCGCGACUGUGAGCGCGAAGCGCGAGCGAGCGAAAGUUCGUGCCGGGUCCUACCACACCAGACCAGAAAACCAAGCGAACGACUUUGAGAAAGUCUAACGUUUUAGUUGUUGUCGGACGUGUAUGUGUUGUGGUUUAGUUUUCUCCUUCCUUUUCUGUUUUCCAUUGUUUCAGACUCAUUAUCAUACAUUACUAUAGACAAAAACAAAGAAAAAUAGAAUUUAAACCAAGAAUAAAUUUGAACCACAACAUAUAUAAUAAUCUUACUUACCAUGUGGUUUAUAAUUUUCUUUGUAUAAUUAUUACUUACAGUUCACAGGACCUUUUAACUGCCGUCCACAACAGCUCAGGUAACAAAAUCUUUUCACCAUUGUACUCUCUCCUUUAACUAAAUUUUAGCCCGGCUGCACAGCAAGCGUUUCAGUGGAACUGAGCUAAGCGGUCAGAUGAGAGGAGAGACUGGGAACGAAGCGAGUCUUCAUAUGGUCGCUACGGUCGUAGUGUCCAGCAGUCUUAACGAUCGUAAGAAAACGAGGCUUGAUAUAAAUCGAUAUUAUCGCUACAACCGUUGAACAGUUGCUCCAACUUCAAGUUUUCAACCUACCGAACAGAGCCGAUCUUAGCGAAAAUUUGGAAACAAAGCCUUUGGGCGAGGGAAUCGCACCAACUUGUUUGUUUUUUCGUAUAGUUUAUUGGCAGGUCCGCCUUAAAAGCCCUUGCUAGUGCAGUCAGUGAGACAAUAAACUGUAUAAAAGAGUCAGGGAAACGAUAAUUUAAUUUCAAACCAGGCAGAUGGAGCUCGUUAGCCGAUGGGACCCGCAACCGUGACAGGGACUCAUUAGUUAAAAACACUUUAUCGUUUCCUUUAGGAGCGGGCUUAAAAAGUCAAAAAAUUGACAUGUGUUCGCUAGCUAGAGCGUUUGACCGCCAUGUACACCGCAGACUAAGUUCUAUCAUGCUUCUUGUUAAUUUCUGUAGUUUUUACCAAGGCCCUGUGCCAGCUGAUGGAGGUUAUGUGUGGGCCGCUUCUUCAAACGCUGGAAAACAGGUUACAAGUAAAUCUCAAGAGAACAGCUGCACUGGAAACAGAAAAAGAGACAUUAGACAGAGAAAUAGAGAAACUGAAAACUGAAUUACAGGCUUCGAAAUGA